AUGGACCUAGUGCAGUUUUCUGAAGGCGGAGAGCUUCUGUCUAUACGUCUUGCAAGCUCUGAAUUAGAUGGAAAUAAUCGAAAGAAGACCACAGUUUCUAGUGUUAUCAGCAUUUCUCUUUUUGUGAUAGUGGGUUCUGCUGCCUUUGGAUUUUGGAGAUACAGAGUUAAGCAUAACGGUAUUAUAUCAAAGGAUGUUACAAAAGAUGCAUGGAGGAAUGAUCUGGAGUCACAAGAUGUUUCAGGUUUAACUUUUCUUGAUAUGAAUACCAUUGAAACUGCCACAAAUAAUUUCAGUCUGUCAAAUAAACUCGGACAAGGUGGAUUUGGUUCAGUUUACAAGGUAAGAGUAUCAUAUGACCUUGUACAAUCAUUUCAGGGAAAACUACAAGAUGGGAAAGAAAUUGCUGUAAAACGGCUUUCAAGCAACUCAGGGCAGGGCAAAGAGGAAUUCACAAAUGAAAUAAUUGGUUUGCUCUGUGUUCAACACCAACCUGCCGACAGACCCAACACACUUGAGUUACUGUCUAUGCUCACUACAACAUCAGAUCUUCCAUCACCAAAACAGCCCACAUUUGUAGCGCAGACGAGAAAUAAAGAAUUCGUGGCUAUGGGUUUAACCACCGUCAGUAAGAUGACAGAUUCUGUAAUCCUUGGGCGUUAA